AUGCCUAGGUACACGGUGCACGUGCGAGGGGAAUGGCUGGCGGUGCCCUGCCAGGACGGGAAGCUCACUGUAGGCUGGCUGGGCCGCGAAGCUGUGCGACGCUACAUGAAGAAUAAGCCGGACAAUGGUGGCUUUGCCUCUGUGGAUGAAGUGCGCUUCCUCGUGCGCCGCUGCAAGGGCCUGGGCCUGCUGGACAACGAGGACCUGCUGGAGGUGGCCUUGGAGGACAAUGAGUUCGUCGAAGUGGUCAUUGAAGGCGAUGUAAUGUCUCCAGACUUCAUUCCUUCGCAGCCAGAAGGCGUUUUCCUAUACAGCAAAUACCGGGAGCCUGAAAGGUACAUUGCCUUAGAUGGGGACAGUCUGAGCACCGAGGAUCUGGUCAACUUGGGAAAGGGACGCUACAAGAUAAAGCUCACCUCAACCGCCGAGAAGAAAGUGCAACAGUCCAGGGAAGUCAUUGACAGCAUCAUAAAAGAGCAAACAGUCGUGUAUGGCAUCACCACAGGUUUUGGGAAAUUUGCCAGAACUGUAAUCCCCGUCCACAAACUGCAGGAGCUUCAGGUCAACUUAGUUCGUUCCCAUUCUUCAGGUGUUGGAAAACCACUCAGUCCUGAGAGGUGUCGGAUGCUCUUGGCUUUGAGGAUCAAUGUUUUAGCCAAAGGAUACAGCGGGAUUUCCUUGGAGACCCUGAAACAAGUUAUUGAAGUAUUUAAUGCCUCCUGCCUAUCGUAUGUCCCAGAGAAAGGAACUGUUGGAGCCAGUGGGGACCUUGCGCCACUCUCUCAUCUCGCCCUGGGACUCAUUGGAGAAGGGAAGAUGUGGUCCCCAAAGAGUGGCUGGGCUGAUGCUAAAUAUGUUCUAGAAGCCCACGGGUUGAAACCAGUUGUUCUGAAACCCAAAGAGGGCCUGGCACUCAUUAAUGGCACACAGAUGAUCACCUCCCUGGGCUGUGAAGCUGUAGAACGAGCCAUCGCCAUUGCCCGGCAGGCUGACAUUGUGGCUGCCUUGACCCUUGAGGUUCUGAAGGGUACCACCAAAGCCUUCGAUACUGACAUCCACGCUGUCCGCCCUCACCGCGGGCAAAUUGAAGUUGCUUUUCGGUUCCGGUCACUCUUGGACUCAGAUCACCACCCAUCAGAAAUCGCAGAAAGCCACAGGUUUUGUGACCGCGUCCAGGAUGCAUACACCUUACGCUGCUGUCCACAGGUCCACGGUGUGGUGAAUGAUACCAUAGCAUUUGUGAAGGACAUCAUUACUACAGAACUGAACAGUGCUACAGACAACCCUAUGGUCUUUGCCAGUCGAGGAGAGACAAUCUCAGGAGGGAACUUCCACGGUGAAUACCCAGCCAAAGCCCUGGACUAUUUGGCCAUUGGCGUCCAUGAACUUGCAGCAAUUAGUGAGAGAAGAAUCGAAAGGCUGUGUAACCCCUCCCUCAGCGAGCUGCCUGCCUUCCUGGUGGCUGAAGGAGGGCUGAACUCUGGAUUCAUGAUAGCCCACUGCACCGCAGCAGCCCUGGUGUCUGAGAACAAAGCUCUGUGUCAUCCUUCAUCCGUGGACUCUCUCUCCACCAGCGCUGCCACGGAGGACCACGUCUCCAUGGGAGGAUGGGCAGCCAGGAAGGCCCUCAGGGUCAUCGAGCAUGUCGAACAAGUAUUGGCCAUUGAGCUUCUUGCUGCCUGCCAGGGCAUAGAGUUUCUACGCCCCCUGAAAACGACCACUCCGCUGGAGAAGGUGUAUGACCUGGUGCGCUCCGUAGUCAGGCCCUGGAUAAAAGAUCGCUUCAUGGCCCCGGACAUCGAAGCAGCCCACAGGUUACUCCUGGAGCAAAAGGUUUGGGAAGUUGCUGCACCGUACAUCGAGAAAUACAGAAUGGAACACAUCCCAGAAUCCAGGCCACUUUCUCCAACUGCAUUUUCAUUGGAAUUGCUGCGAAAGAAUUCAGCCACAAUCCCAGAAUCUGACGAUCUCUAGUGGGCUUCCUUGUGGUCGGGCACCUUAGACAUGCCUGAACCCGGAACAGGAGAUGCCGUGUUCUGUAGAACUCAUCUCUUUUCAACCAUGCUCUGGUUAGACCUGUGGCAGCAGUGCAGUCCCUGAACCAAGAGCCUUGUUCUUGUUGCUGUGGUUUGAGUUCUGGCUGUCUUAGGGUUGAGUUGUUUUCUUUCUUGACAAUAUAAAUGGGAUACUUACUCUU